AUGGUUCUCCGCGUGCUGAUGCGCUACCUCGCCAACAACGAGCAGCUGAUCCAGCGCCUCGCGGACAGCUAUCCGAUGCGGCGGGCAGCCCAGCUGCUCGUGAGUGCGUACUACCGGGGCAGGACGAUGGCGCAGGAGCAGAAGUUUAUCGAGAUGACGCCCGAGCGGUUCAAGCGGAUGAUGGAGACGUUCCGGCAGGACGUCAAGAAGGAGCUCGAACAGGCCAAGGAGGAUUUGAAGCGUCGCGAGGGACGGAAGUAAGCGUGUGGAGGUUGACGGCUUAGAUUUAAUUACUCACGGAACGAUUGAACGAUAGAAUAUUCUCUAAAGGUUUA